UUGGUUGUAAAUUUUUUGCUUACUUUGUGAAUUGUAUGAUACAGAGACGAUGUCUUUGUUAAUCCCUGUAAGUGCUCAUUUUGGAGCUCAUUACUCAGUUUGUUCUGACAUCCGUGAAGCCAUCAACAACUUUGAGAAGAAAUUGAGUCCUAGUCAAUUUGAAGAAUUUCACAGGACUCCAACUGGGCACUUCAUGGGGCUUAAGAACCUCCAGUUUUCUGGCCAGAUCAUUCACCGAAUGCUUUUGUUGCUUGUUGAGGAUCAACCUGACGAUGAAUUCUGGAUCCUCCGAAAUGGUGAAAUUGUCAAAUUCACUUUCAACGACUGGUGCAGAAUUACAGGGUUGCCGAACACAAAGAGGUACCCACCUCUUAAGGACAAAGAGCUUGGACAGAGCUCACUGUGUCACAAAUUCUUAGGAGGGGAGGUCGCGAAGUGCACCUUCAAGCAUGUACGAGAGAAGUAUGUUGCAGCGGAGAAUACCAUGGAUUCGAAGAAAAUGGUGUGGGCGUAUGAGUGUUUUUCGGAGUUGGUUGAAAAAAACCUUGCCGUGCAAGAGGGGACUUCUUCUUGUGAAAUUUUGAAUUGGGCAUCAAAGAAGUUUCCAAAAGCAGUGACACUUAAGGAAACUUUCUUUCGUGAAUUGCAACAAAAGAAGGAUUCUGAUGCCGACACCGUUCGAGCCAUUAGAGAUUUGAAGAAAAGGAUGGUUGGACUUGAAGUGAAGAUUGAUGAAAUCAAGAAGUUGUUGGUGGAGGUUGUUAUGAACCUGAAUUCAAGUGGCCGAAGGAGAAGAUCUGUUAGAAUUCAGAGAAAGAAGAGAGCAAGGACAAAGGCUGCUGAGGAAGAUGAUGAGGAUUUAGAAGAAGAUGAUGAAAUCGAGGAGGCUGCUGAGGAAUAUGAGGAGGAGACUGGAGCUGAUGAAGAUGAAGAUGAGACUCGGGAAAAUAAGGAGAAGAGUAUGGAAAGUGAGGACGACACUGAGGAGACAGGGGAAAAUGAAGAGGAGAAUGCGAUUGGGGAAAAUGAGGAUACAGAGCAAAUUGAGGAUGAGCACACUGCUGUUGAGAAGUCUCACAACGACAGCGACGAGGAUCGUGCCGAAAAGGAGGGGACUGCUGAACAUGUAAUUUACACUUUGUGCAUUACAUGGAUUACUCCUAGAAAUGAUGUACAUCUUUUUCUUGACAUGUGUCUGUGUGUGUAUGGUGCAGGAACCCCAAGACAACAUGACUACUACCCUUAAUUCUCAAGAAGCUCUUCCAAAAAAUCAGAGCUUCGGUA